UCCCUACAUGUGUGUAAUUUACACAUUAAUCUUGCUCCUACGUUCUAAUUAUUUUUCCUCAUUUACAGCUUCUCAUUUUACGCUGCACCUCGCUUUCUCUCUCUCUCCUCCAUUGAAGCAGCUUUUCAGGUAAAAUGUUUUAUUUCUUCUUUUUCAAACCAUCGACUAUCAAUUUCACAAUUUAGGACAUAAACUGUCCCCCCAACUUAAGAAAAAAAAAAAAAAAAAAAGCCAGAAAGAAGGAAGAAAAGAAAACUGAACUCUGAAAAGUGUAACCUAUCUUUCCUCUUUCCUCUCUCUUCGAAGUUCGAAAAUCCUCUGCCAGUCCGUCGCUGCUUCGUGAUUCACUGCUUCGUCCGUUCGUCGGCUCGUCGCUGGACUCGCUGCUCUCCAUUCGACUUCGCGCACUUCGCUAAAUCGCUAGACCCAAUUCACGGUAGAGUAGCAACAUGCUGUCAGGAGUUAAGCUUAUUUCACGGGAUCAGGUUGAUAGGGGGAAAUUCGAAGAAUCGUGUGAAUUUAAGAAAGACGGUCGAAAAUCGAGUAGCAAAAAAGAAAAGAGUAGGAGGAAGAAGAAGGGUUCUGAAUAUAGUAGCUCAGAUGAUGGAGGACAUGAGAAAAUUAGGAAAAGGUCUAGGAAAAAGAAGUGGUACUCUUCUGAUGAGUAUUCAGAUCCUGAGAGUGGUGAGGAUGAUAGUAGAGGAAGGAGGAAGCGGAGGAGUAAGGGUAAAGAGAAAGAUCGAAAAUAUGACGACUCAGAUGUGUCUGAUGAUGCUGGAGGUCCUAGCUCUACAAGUAACAUUGAUAUUGUGAGAAAAGAGAUGGGGUUGGACUGGAUGUGUAGACCAGCUGAAAGAGCAGGCAAUAGUGCUCAGCCAGCGCAUGAAGAGAAGCCACUAGAGUCCGGAAGUGAAGAGAUGCCAAAAAAAAAUCCCAGAGAACUGAAUCCUUAUCUGAGGGACAAUGGAAGUGGCUAUCCUGGAGAUGAAGAUCAAACAAAGUCCAGCAGUGACCAACUUUUGUCAUCUUCUGUAGUGGGGGAUGGUGGAGCAAGCUGGAGAAUGAAGGCUUUAAAGCGUGCUCAGGAGCAAGCAACACGUGAAGGGCGAAAUGUUAAAGAGGUUGUUCAAGAAAGGUGGGGAUCUCUUGGACAUCUAGCAGUGUCUGUGGCAUCUCAUAUUGCUGCUGCUCCUCGUGCUCAUUUGCAUGCUAUAAAAUCUCGAAGGAUGGGAGCAGGUGGGGAAGCUAAAUCAGACUCAAAUAAUGAAAGUAAAAGGGGUAUUGAGAAGGAUAUUGGGCAUGAAUAUGUGAGGAAUAUGUCUGUCCGCCAUCCGGAGAUGAAAGCACCUAAAAAUCAUGAUUCAUUAUCCUGGGGUAGAAAAAAAGGUCAAAAAAUGAGAAGUGAGGAUGCUGCUGUGGUCUCAAAUGCACUUUCUAGCCUAAACAGCUUUUCUAAUGAUGGGAAUUUUAUGAGUGAAUUCAUGAAUCAGCACAAAAAAGCCAAAGGAGACUCUCAAGAUGCCUCGAGCCCAAAAUCUGAUACUAUUCGAGAGGCAAAUUCUGAUUCAGUAAUAGAGAGAUCUGGUGAAGAUAAGCAGCCUCUGAGUGCUAAUCAACUCGCUGCUAAAGCUAUGCAGCUAAGGCUGAAAGGCAAACAUGAGGAAGCUGAGAAACUUCUGAGAGAAGCUGAAAACAAUAAAGUGGAUCACAAUGCAGGGGAGAGAUUAGUGAAACUAAGAAAUGAUGUCAGUUCGAGCAGAUAUUCUGUGCAAGAGAAACAGCUGCAACAGAAAGGGAGAGAAGAUGAUGGUGAUAGGCAUUUGGCUCAAACAAUUAUGAAAAAUCAGAAAUAUAGUUUGUCUACUCAGGCUGAUGACGAAUAUGACUUUGAUGGAGCACCAGCUAAGAAGAGCAAAAGGAAAGGUGCAGACAAUGAGAAUAGAUCACAUUCUAAGCAAAAUGUGGCGAAGCGCAUUGUUACGCAACAGGAGCGAUGCCAAUUCUGUUUUGAAAACCCAAAGAGACCUAAACAUCUUGUUGUGGCUAUAGCUAAUUUUACUUACCUAAUGCUACCACAAUUCCAGCCUGUUGCCCCUGGCCAUUGUUGCAUAUCAACAUUACAGCAUGAAUUGGCCACGAGAAUGGUAGAUGAUAACGUUUGGGAAGAAAUCCGUAACUUCAAGAAGUGCCUCAUUAUGAUGGCUGCUAAGCAAGACAAAGAAAUGAUCUUUUUGGAAACAGUGCUUUGGCUGGCACAGCAGCGCCGCCAUUGCUUAAUUGAGUGCAUUCCUUUGCCAAAAGACAUUGCAAAAGAAGCUCCUCUUUAUUUUAAAAAGGCCAUUGACGAGGCUGAAGAUGAGUGGAGUCAGCACAAUGCAAAGAAAUUGAUUGAUACAAGUCAGAAAGGGCUGCGUGGUUCAAUCCCCAAGAACUUCCCCUACUUCCAUGUAGAAUUUGGGCUAAGCAGGGGAUUUGUACAUGUAAUUGAUGACGAAACCGAGUUCAAAAGCAGCUUUGGUCUUAAUGUCAUUAGGGGUAUGCUACAGUCCCAGGAUGAAAAUAUGUACCGUCGUCGUCAGUAUGAGUCAAUUGAGGUUCAAAAAGAAGCUCUCGCUGCAUUUGCACGUGACUGGGACCCUUUCAAUUGGACUAAACAGCUUGAGUGAGUUGAUGAAUCAAGUUGAAGUGUGCUGUUAAACUUCUUGUCUUGGUUUACGAACAGUAUAUUGUUGAUUUGUUGUAGAUUUUGAGGAAAAACAUUGUACAUACGUGCUAAAAUUUUGACAUUCGUAUAUAACUAGAUAAAUUGCUCAAUCCCAGAAAUAGCAAUUAGAAUUCUCUUUCUUUUACAGUAUAUGUUUGCAAAGCCAAAUUGAAUAAAAUACAGGUGACUUUUAGAGCGAGA